ACACUCACUAGUGAGGUGUAACUUCCAGAAAACUGUUAACCAAUUGUUGCGUGAUCUGCGGCCGUUUGACUUUCGGGUACACAUGUCGAACACGCUGUUACAAUUUCAUCGUUUCCGGAUUUCCACAGUACAAAUAGCGAGACCAAAAUGGGUGCGAAUGCAAGUUCGUUUCGUUAGCUUUCUCUCAAGUCAAUCAACAUGGCUAAGCUACAAGUUGUAGCUGCAAUUUUGCUUUUUUCUGCGCAACUGGUUGCAGCUGAUGAAGAGCCCGAAUUCAAGAUGCACUUCAUGGGGUUGGACAAGUUGGACGGUUCGGAGAAGUACCUCGAUUACAACUACACCGGAGAAAAGCUUUCGGACAUGAGUUUCAAAAUGUCCGGCCAUGCCCGGCUCCUGGUGGACAUGGACGACAGCUACACCGUCAACAUGCGGCUCAGUGCCGCCGAGGUGGGCGAAGACGUUUCGAAAAGUGAAGAUUUGCUCAACAUUCAGAAGACGUUCUGCGAGUACAUGCGAACCACCUACAAGAGCUAUUUCUACGACGUGGUCAAGGAUGUGAGCAAUUUCCCGCACUACGACAAGUGUCCGCUCCCGGCGGCCGACUAUUGGAUCAAGGAUUUCGAGUUCGACGGGGAGGAGUACAAACCGUUCCUGCGGGAGGGAGCUUUCUGGUCCGAGUUUACCCUGACCAAGGACGGGAAACCGGUGGCCGGGUUGACUUCCAGAUGGGAGAUUCGGGCGGACUAGGGCCGAUAAUAAUGUGUAGUUUUUAAGCUUGCUGAUAAUCUACUAGGGCUUUAUUUUGGUAAUAAAUUGUUAAUUUUCGCAUAA